GCGUGUAAUAAGUCUAAAGUUGUCUCAAAGUAAAUGGGAUUUUAUUUUUUAAGGAUGUCCCUGUUACAAGCUUUAAAUCACCUAAGAAACCUCAACAAAAAACCUAGCAAACUCGCCAUACAAAUGCAUCGUGCCAUGGUGUUUCAAAGCCUAUUUCUUCUUCAACUUCUCUUACUGUUUUUCUUAACCACUGCAACCGCAACUGCAAAACGGCUUCAUACUAUUCCAAGACUUAGUCCAAUAGGACCGAGAGUUUGGCUAGACCACCCUGAUCAAAUUUUGGGUGAAUCUGUUCGAGAAGAUCUUGAAACCUUUUUUUACAACCAAACACUUGAUCACUUCAACUAUAGACCUGAAAGCUAUGACACAUUUCUACAACGUUAUUUGAUCAAUUCUAAGUAUUGGGGUGGUGCCAAUGCUUGUGCACCAAUCUUAGUAUACCUUGGCGCAGAAGCACCCAUUGAUGAAGAUCUUGAUGUAAUUGGAUUUCUGGUUGAUACCGCUGCUGAAUUCAGUUCUCUCUUGGUAUAUGUUGAGCAUAGAUAUUAUGGAAAAUCAAUUCCAUUUGGAUCAAGGGAAGAAGCCUUGAAGAAUGCAAGCACGCUAGGAUAUUUCAACUCAGCUCAAGCUAUAGCAGACUAUGCAGCAAUAAUCAUUCACAUAAAGAAAACAUUACAGGCUAAAGAUUCUCCGGUUAUCGUCAUUGGAGGAUCAUAUGGUGGAAUGCUGGCUUCAUGGUUUCGGCUUAAAUACCCUCAUAUAGCCCUUGGAGCUCUUGCCUCUUCAGCACCGGUUCUUUAUUUUGAUGAUAUUACGCCACAAUAUGGAUACUAUGCUCUUGUCAGCAAGGAUUUUAGAGGAGCCAGUGAGACUUGCUACCAGACUAUACGAAAGUCAUGGGAAGAAAUUGAUGAAGUUGCUUCUAAACCAGAUGGUCUCUCAAUCCUCAGCAAGAAAUUUAAGACUUGCAAUCCCUUGACAGACGCCAGUGAGCUCAGGAACCACCUGGACUCCAUGUAUGCUAAUGCUGCUCAGUACAAUAAGCCACCAACAUAUCCGGUUAACAAGGUCUGUGGGGGCAUAGAUGGCGGUGGUUUUGGGGAUGAUCUUCUUGGCAGAGUAUUUGGUGGUCUUGUUGCUUAUAAAGGAAAUAGGUCAUGCUACGUCAAUGAACCCACUAACCAAUCUGAAACAUCUGCGGGCUGGAGAUGGCAGACGUGUAGUGAGAUGGUGAUACCUAUUGGUUAUGGCAAUGACUCCAUGUUUCCACCUGAUCCUUUCGAUUUGAAAGCCUACAUAGAAGAUUGCAAGAGUUUAUACAAUGUUACACCUCGUUUUCACUGGGUCACUACUUAUUACGGAGGCCAUAGUAUAAGAUUGAUUCUUCAAAGGUUUGCUAGCAAUAUCAUUUUCUCCAAUGGGCUGAGAGAUCCUUAUAGUAGUGGAGGGGUGUUGGAGAACAUUUCAGACACUGUUGUUGCUGUCAAGACCGUCAAUGGGUCUCAUUGCUUGGAUAUACUUUUUGCUAAGGAAACUGAUCCUGAAUGGUUGGUUGCACAGCGAAAGACAGAGAUCAAGAUCAUUAAAGAGUGGAUUAAUAAGUACUAUGCUGAUCUAAGCAGGUUUUAGACGUGAAUCAUGUAGACCAAAAGAGGACAAAAGGCACUGGAAAUUGAAACCAUACCAUUUUCUUAAUUUUCCCAGUUUA